AUGACCGAUGCGAUCAAACAAGAAAGGCCGACCGAGCAGCCCGUCAAGCUUGAGGGUAGUCUCAAAAAGGGCUCUGUGAAUCCAGUCCUCUGGUGUACACGCUGCGCCAGCCGCGGGAAGCUCGAGUGCGAUUGGUGCCCAGACAAGCCAUCUUGCUCGAGCUGCGAGCGCAGUCAGGCCGACGAUGAAUUACUCUCAGGACCUUGUCUACCAGCAGGACCUGACGCAUGGCCAAGUUGGACCAAAGAUCAACAACGGCUGGAGAACCUGAUUGAGGCACAUGGGACCAUCGAGCGUGCCAAAUUAGCUGUGACUCCACUGGCGAUCCCGAUGAAGCCAGAAGAGCGUCCGGUGUUCAGAUGGUGCGUGCGUUGUGCAAAAGAGGGUAGAUACGACUGCAACAUCACCUCUGGAAAGCCAUGCCAGAAGUGUGAAUGGGACCAUGAACAUACAACUGGCAAGAUCGGCCCUUGCAUAUCGGGUAAAGGUAUCUGGCCCUCAGUGCAUGAUGUCUGGGCCAAGGCUCAGCUGGAGAACUAUAUUGUCGCAGCACGGGCGGAGGGUACGCUCGCAGCUGCUCCCAUGCCUGGAAGUGUGGACAGCGUGUGGGUGAAGCGGAUAUAUGCGGAGUCGGUUAAGAAAGACGAGGCGCUUGAUGCCAUCAUGGGCGUGCACCGAACCAAGGCCAUUGCCGCAGGAGGAGCUGGACAGACCAAAACCGAGAAGGAGACCGGGAACAAAGGCGAUACUCCUAACAUGCCUUUUCAGCCAAAGGCAUGCCAGAAGCAGAGUCGAAUGGCUCCAGUCAUGCGCAAAGCUGCAGCUCUGUACCAGCCUCCAAAGUCUAGAGAAGUAGAGUUCAAUGAUCGAGAGGAGACAGCAAACACAACACAAGGCUAUAGCGAAGCGCAAUUGGACAGGCUCGUCGAAGAGCGGGCCAAGAAUAUGUUUCYGGAGCAGCGAUUGAAAGAGUCGGAAGCUGAGGUUCAGCGACUGAAGCGACUCGUGAGGGAGCUCACCGGAACACAAUACGAAGAGCGACCAUCAUAUAUUACGACAAGAUCACGAACCUCCGUUGGUCACUCGGUUGACCAUGGGUCUGAAGCUAGUCGAUGGAUGGAAUCCGAGCGCCGUGAGAGUUCAUCGAAUGAUGGUACCGGGCAAGACUAUCGACGUCCUCGUGAUUGUUCAAUCGGUAAAGGCCAAUCGCAGAAUCGCCAGCUGAAGCGCCCUCACGAUCUGUCCUGGGGAGAUGAUGGGCGGCAAGGCGAGGAGCCUGAAGAUUUCCAGCGUUCUCAACACUCUCCCCACGAUAGGCACACCAUAUCCGGACGUGCUCAGGUGUCGGAUCAUGAGGGAAGAGAUGAUCGUCGAGGGCAAGUUUCAGAUCGACGAUCCUCUCAACGUGCUCGAUAUUCUCCUCCAGACAAUCGACACGCCUCCAAAAGUGCCCGACUUUCUCCGUAUGAUGAGMGAAGUGUAGAUGAAGAGCUUCAUGGCGGUCAGAGCUAUCAUGGAAGUGACGGGAAGACUCCAAACUGCGGUGCCCAGUAA